UCUGCGUACUGCCGUUAACCCUGUGACGAAAGUUCCAUUAAAUAGCCUCUGUCUUGAAAACUGCUGUGUAUUACUUUGUAGCAUCACUACAUCGGUUGUGUGUAUGUAAACCAAUCUGGCUCAUUUCACUUUCACCAGUCUGGAAGUACUCUAAAGAUGUUUUACGUUAUGCGCAACUUAAACAUAACAUUCAUCUUUUGAUAACAUAACUACCAAAGAGGUUUAUGAGUAUCUACGAAUACAAUAUCCGCUUCCUGUUUUUGGUAACCUGUAGAAUCUUUUGAUGCUGCAAUACGUUUCACAACCCACUUUUUGUUUAUAUAUCUGCUCUGAAUUGGAUUAUCUCGUGUGUAUUUGAUUAGAAAGGGAUAAGUAAUCAAAAAGUAACGGCGAUCACGUCUGCGUCUAAUCUCACUUCAUUGUUCCAUCCUGGAUAACUUCCUUCUGUUUUCAUGACGGUGCGUAGGAUUAAUUAAAAGUAGCCCGGUCGACGGUGCCCAUCCAAUACGAUUGCGACACUGCAAUUCUUAUGUUAGUUAUGUAUAUCCAUAUUCCACCAAUAGCGUCUACUUCUAACACUGCAGCCGGAAGCCAGAUUUAACCGAAUUCCAUUUGCAACCGGUCCAAUCAGCAAAUCGAAAUCUGAAUGGAAAGCAACCGUGAUCACAAUAACGCUUACCAUAAUAUUAAUAACAGCCAAUCAUCAGCGGACGCUGGCUCGGCCAGCAUCACGCAUAACCAUAACCACAUUGCCGACAAUCCUAUCGUCAAUACUCAACAUGCAACUGAUGCGAUUAUGACGGCACCGCUCACCACGUUACAAAAUAUGCCCAAAUCAAUUCUCCACGAAAACACCAUGACAAUGAGGUUAAGGUUGAAUUUCCCCUCCGCGGACGGUAACAGUUUCACAGAAGACUUAACGGAUCGCGAUCUGCAUGCUGAUAUUCUGAACAAUGUGGACAGCCGUCAACCGGAAAGGAAAAAUUCCAAAUUGCUCACGGAGGGCUUACUCCGAGCCAUGCGCACGCCGGCGCCAGUGGCUUACGAAACGUCAGCGGCGGACGAAUGUGAUGACACUUUUCCCGACAACCUUAAUCCCUGGAUGUUGGAAAGCGAGAGACGGGAUUCGGUUGAAACAACCCGCAAAAAGCUGACAGCCAAAAUGAGUGGAGCAACCCGAAGCAAAAAUCAAAGAAAUCGCCGGGGACUUCGGGAAAGCCGACGGAGUACGGGAGUGGCUGUUUUUGACGAGAUGAAAAAUCCUUUAUACCAGAAUGAUGAUGAGGGUAUAGCCCAAGAAACCAGAAAAAAUACAAUUCAAAACGAGCGGCCUUAUCACCAGUUAAUGCAGCAGAAUCAAAACCCUUUUUUGCCUGGCAGGAAAAACUUUGAUCAGCCGGUGUUCGAACAUGCUCAACGGAUUUCUGAACCGGAAAAUGCCAGUAGUGAGGAAUCUUCUAGUGGUAUUGAAAUCCCUAUUGAGCGCAUUUUCGAUCAGCAAACAAGCAACAACGAAACUGGACCAAAUGCAAAUGACCUUUACGCGCAAUUAGAAACGGAGCUGGAUGCUUUAAUCAAAGGGCUUCAAAUGACGCCGAAGGAGUGAUACUGAACAGUCUGGAAUCUCAGCUUAUUAAAAUUCAGAUGUUUUUUUUGCUCACGCAAACCGUAACGUAAAUUGUAAAACUUGCUAAAGACUUCGUAUUUUAAAUUUAUUUUGUUAGCAACGCAAUACUAACCGUUGUAUGAGAGUGUAUCAACGCUUGCAUGUAUUGUGGCUUUUAGGUACAAAAUCGUCCACCAUCAGUACUCACAAGUUGAAUCAUAACUGCUUGAAAAAAUAAAGCUCCAAUGAUCA